AUGAUCAGAAAACAAGCAAGAGAGAGAAGAGAGUAUCUUUAUAGAAAGGCCUUGCAACUCCAAGAAGCUUCGCGCACUGAAAAGCGUCAACAACUCAAGGCGGCUUUGGCACUGGGAAAGCCAUUAUCAAAGGAGCUAGCAGAAGACUCACAACUACAACGUGAUUUCAUAUACGACCAAAGUGAACAGGACCAGCUAGAUAUUGAUGAUGAGUAUAGUGCUCUUUCAGGAAUAUCAGACCCAAAAGUGGUAAUCACCACAUCUAGAGAUCCAAGCGUUCGAUUGUUGCAGUUUUCCAAGGAGAUUAAAUUGAUGUUUCCCAAUAGCUUGAAAUUGAAUCGUGGUAAUUACAUCAUCAAUGAUUUGGUCAAGACAUGUACAAGGGUUCAAGUUUCAGAUUUGAUCAUAUUGCAUGAACAUAGAGGUGUUCCUACAUCGCUAACCGUGAGUCAUUUCCCACACGGCCCCACUGCCAUAUUCACUUUACACAAUGUCAAAUUGAGGCAUGAUUUGCCAAAUUUGGGUAAUAUAAGUGAAUCUUAUCCUCAUUUGAUAUUUGAAAACUUCAACACGCCAUUGGGUAAAAGGGUGGUUAAAAUUUUGCAACAUUUGUUUCCACCGGGAGUCAAACGGGAUUCGUCAAGGGUGAUUACGUUUGUAAAUAAUGACGACUAUAUAAGUGUGAGGCAUCAUGUGUACGUUAGAACCAGGGACAGUAUUGAGAUUAGUGAAAUUGGGCCAAGGUUUGAGAUGAAGUUGUACGAAAUUAGAUUGGGCUUGGCUGAUAAUACCGAUGCUGAUGUUGAAUGGCAAGUUAGAAGAUUCAUACGUACUGCAAAUAGAAAAAACUACUUGUAG